AUGUCGAAAAAUGAUCUCGAUAUGGCUUUCCCUAAUCCUGACUUUGUCACAUAUAAUAUUUAUUGUACUCCUGAUGCUGAUCAAUGUCCCACUUAUAAUGCAUGGCUUAAAGAUAAUCUACCACUAACACGUCAACAUAUCAAACAAAUACCUGAUGAUCUUCUAUCUAAUUUUACACUAAAUUAUACAAUACCAGUUGCUCUGGACUCUCAAGAUUUUCGCACAGGCAAUACUUUGCCAAUGAACUGGACAGUUGAUCUUAUUGAGAAUUAUCGUAAACAAGUACGAGCAAGAGAAGCUUUUGGUUCAUACCACAAUACCGAUAUAUAUCCUGCAUUGGAUAAAUAUGCAUCAUUAGCUAUUAUAAACAAGAAAUGUGCUGUUAUUGGAACUGAAAAUCCAUGGAUUGAAGCAGCAUUACUUGAAUAUAAUGCAUCAAAUGUUACAACAAUGGAAUAUGCAACAAUAUAUUCAAGUAUUCCUCGUCUGUUUACAAUAACACCAAUGGAUUUUGCAAGACAACAACAGAAUAAUAAAGGUCGAAAAGAAUUAUUUGAUAGUGUAUGGUCAUAUAGUAGUAUUGAACAUGAUGGUCUAGGUCGAUACCAAGAUCCAUUGAAUCCAUAUGGUGAUUUUCAGACAAUGAUAAAAAUAACAUGUAUUCUUAAACCUGGUGGAUUUCUAUUUUUGGGUGUACCGCUUAAUAUUCAAGAUUUCCUCCAAUACAAUUUACAUCGUGUAUAUGGACCUAUUCGUCUACCACUUUUAUAUCGAAAUUUUCAUGUCGUUGAAAUGUUAGGCAUGGGAAUGGCAAGAGUAAGGGGUGAUGCUGUUGUUCAACGAUUUGUUGUUUUGCAAAAUAAAAUAGGAUGUAAGAGUUCAUAA